AUGGCACUAAUGAAGCUGUUUCUGAUAUUUUCCGCUUUUAUCCUGCUAGCCUUUGCGAAGGACGAUUCGUUCGUCUUCAACGCAGAAAAUAACCAACAGUUACCUGCUCAUACAGUGGUGACUGAACGGCAGAACUUUUACCAAAUCACCCUGCCCAAGAAGAUUCCAAUAAAGGAAGCUGUAAAGCAAGUUUUCCAUUCCAAAGAGCGGAUUAAAAGAGCCAAUACUGCACCGCCUCCUGCCCCCAAUGGUACAUCGGUGGCCAAUUUGAAAGAUUCAACGCAUCGAUUGAUUAUUCACUGGUCCGGUCAGGGAAGUGGUACCAUUAUUGUGGUAACUGGUGACAAUUUUUUCAGCAAUACGAGCUAUAGUCGAAUCUAUAUUUCUACUAAUUAUGGAAAGACCUUUGUUAAUCGUACUACUGACUUUCGCUUGCUGAAUGGCAAUCCGUCUUCGGUAGACAAUUUUUACACCAGCCCUAUUGAUUUCAGACGCAAAAUUUUUGCUGAUGUCGCCCAUAAAUACCUAUUCGUUACCUUUGAUGAAGGUCAAUCAGUCUUACCGAUUAAGAUUACUUUCAAAGCGUAUAGAAUUGUACCCCAUCCAUCUGUUGCGGAUUACGUCUUAGCUCUUGACACCAGUGAUAACAAUAAGCUUUAUGCUUCAAAUGACUUUGGAACUACAUGGAAGUUACUUGACGUCAACAUUAAAGCCUUUUAUUGGGGCAAACCAAAUAUGGAUCCAUCUCAAACUGUAUUUUUAGAGCGUCAAGAUAUAGGUGGCCUAGCGACAAUGAUUAAACUUGAUUUCAUAUUUCAAACUGGAAUUAAGCGAACGGUACUAGCGACAAAUGGCACAGAAUUAUAUAUGCAAGGUUCUUACAUUUUUGUGGUUAAAUCUAACAAACGUGGAUUUCUCGAUCUUUUGGUAUCUAAGAAUCGUGGUGCACUCCAGAUUGCAAACUUUCCCUUAAAAAAUCAUAAGAACCAGGAUUAUUUCAUUGUUGAUUCUACUACGGAUCAAGUGCUUGUUGUUGUUGAUAACAAUCAUAAAGGGAUGGAUUUAUAUAUUUCCGAUGCUUCAGGCUUACAGUAUACGUUAUCACUGCAGCGCGUAUUAUAUUUUAAUCCUUUCUUACAUGCCACCCCACCUGUUCAUAAAUAUGAUUUGAGAAGUCCCUUAUUUGCCGAUAUAACCAAAUUGAAGGGUUUAUUAGGAGUCUACGUUGCAACGCAGCUCACGAAGCCCGAUUCCCAAAAUUUUAUCUACAUUACCACAUUAAUUACUUAUAAUAAUGGGGCUAAAUGGAAAUCCAUUAAACCUCCAGCUACCGAUUCUAACGGCAAUUCAUAUCCAGCUUGCAUUUCAAAUUCAUCUAAAAGUUGCUCGUUACAUCUAGGACUGCGCUACACUGCGUACUAUCAAUCUCCAUUUCCGAGCGCAGUUUAUACUUCAGCCUCAGCUCCUGGUUUUAUACUUGGACACGGAAGUGUCGGUGCAAAUUUAACAUCGAGAAACAUAAGCAUGUAUAUUUCAACAGAUGGAGGAUUCGAUUGGAGAGAGGCUAUGAAAGGGCAAUUUAUGUUCGCUGUAGCUGACCAUGGCGGACUUAUUGCGGCAGUAAGACGGUAUUAUAUCACGAAUGUUAUCUACUAUAGUUGGGAUGAAGGAGAAUCUUGGUCAACUUACAUCUUUAAUAGUACUGCAAUGUUGCCAUAUGGUUUAACCACCGAGCCUGGUGAGCAAACAACAGUUUUUACCAUUGUUGGAUCACCGGUUGGACAUCAUGAAUGGACUAUAGUUCAGAUAGAUAUGAAAAAUGUGCUAGGAAGAUCAUGUACAUUAAACGAUUAUAAGAAAUGGGUACCAUCUGAUAAAUUAGAUGGUGCUCCAGGUACGAAGUGUGUACUUGGCAGGAAAAUGACAUAUGAGCGUCGUAAAACUAAAAGCCGAUGUUACAAUGGACGAAACUAUGACAGACCAAUCAGUGUUCAAAAUUGCACGUGUAUACGCGAUGACUUUGAAUGCGAUGAAGGCUAUUACCAUUCGUUCUUCACUGGAAAUUGCUUUUUAUCUGCUUCGCUGGCGCAACCACCUCAAAUACCAGUUUCUUGCCCAGAGGGCUCGUUUUACUACAGAACAAGAGGAUAUCGAAAAAUUGCGGACGAUACUUGUUUUGGAGGUGUAGAAAAUACUAUCGGACCACAAAAGACUUUAUGCCCGGUUGCAAAAUUGUCCGAGUUUCUCUUAUUUUCUCAGAGGUUUAGCAUCGGACGUUUCCGAUUUGGUGCCAGUAUUGCCGAAACCUUACCAAUUAAUUUAAUUGGUGUAAGUUUCAUUGAUUACGACUUUAGCCAAAACUGUUUAUAUUGGGGCGAAAAUGGUCAAACACCUUCAAUUAGGCGAAUGUACUUGAAUGGUACUGGUUGGCCAGAAGUAAUUGUUUCCACUAAAAUUGCGCAGGUCGGUGGUAUGGCUUUAGAUUGGAUAUCGAAUAAUAUUUACUGGAUAGACCAGAAGCGAAAAGAGUUAUCAGUAGCAAAGAAAGAUGGUACAAAUCGUCGCACUCUGCUUACAACUAACAUGGAUAACGCUGAAUCAUUGAUUUUAGAUCCAGCUAGAGGGUGA